AUGGCUCUUAUUCUAGGUGGGAAUCGCUGGGGAAAGCCUCGCGACCCGCUUGGCAGCGAAGCUUAUUCGUACCGGAGAUUUCUUGCACAGCAACGGGAAGCAAUGAGCAGUAGGGGCGGAGAAAUGUACAUGAACAACUACCGAAACACGUUCGGUCGCGGGGGCCUGAGAGGCUUCCGAGCAUCCCGUAUGCGACGUCCAGCCUUCGGCGGGGGCUAUUAUGGCGGUCCCAGUGGAUACGGUGGCUACACCGGGUAUAGCGGAUUCAGUCGACGGCCAGCCACCUCACUGUCAUUUGGCGCGCGACCUAGCCAGUUCCGCAGGCCCUACUCACGGUAUUCCCCCUGGUCAGCAUUCAACUACAGAGGCGGCAUCGGCAGAAUGAAACAGCAAUUCCAGCCCAGGUAUUGCAGCUACUCGCCUUCUCCAUUCCGAAAUCGACGCAAGGUGUACGGGCGAGAUCCAUAUUACUACGAGGAUGAUCUAUCUGAGGACGACUAUGAUGACAGCGACAUUGAAGAUAGCUAUUGUCGCUCGUCACGACGUCAGUGGUACUAUGGCUACAGAGACUGGGGCGAUGGUGAUGAGGACGACGAGGACGAAGAUGAUGAUGAUGAGUGGGACGAAUAUGGUUAUGGUGAUCUAGACGAAGAGGACGACAGUGACUUCGAUGAUCACGACUAUGAUUCAGAUGUUUUUGACGAAGGCCGUUAUGGAUAUGGGGAAACCAGGUUUCCUCCACGAGGUUACAGUUGA